AUGUUGAAAAUACGUGAACUACAAAAAAAAAGACAAGAGGAAGAGGCAGCAGCGGCAGCGGUAGCAUCAAACUCAAAAUCCGCCUCUCCAUCAUCAGUCUCCUCAUCUUCGAACAACAACGCAUCAUCAUCAAAAGUUAGCGCCGCUCAACUUCGUGUGCAAAAGGACAUUACUGAAUUAGAUCUACCAAAGAGUAUCAAGCUCACAUUCCCCAACACGGCCGAUUUCUUCAACUUUGACUUACAAAUUAUACCUCAAGAUGGGUACUAUAAAAACGGAAAAUUCAAGUUCAAGAUUGAAAUAGGCCACAAUUUCCCUAUUGAACCACCAAAGAUUAAAUGCCUCAACAAAAUUUACCAUCCAAACAUAGAUCUUGAUGGAAACAUAUGUCUAAAUAUUUUGAGGGAGGAUUGGUCACCAGUUUUGAGUUUGAAUUCGGUAUUAAUUGGUCUCAACUUUUUAUUUUUGGAACCAAACCCAAACGAUCCGUUGAAUAAAGAGGCAGCAAACAUGUUGGUAAAGGAUAAAACCCAGUUUGAGAGGAAUGUUACUACGUCAAUGAGAGGAGGCUACAUCUCACUGGUGCAUUAUGAUCGAGUGAUAUAG